AUGGGCCAGACUUUUGAAGGACGACGUUUCCAAAUAUUAGAGAAUGCAGGAAAUGUGUUUGAAUCGUGGCCUAGACUUUUGAACCAACAUAUUAUCGAUGCAGAAUUUAACCUGCUCUACGAAAACAAAGGAAACUCGUUCUGUGCUGACUUCGGACUUCUAGCUACAUCUCUAAUUAUGCAAGCGAAACACUGCGGAAGGCUUGCUGCAGAACAUUUAAUUUCUAACAUUUCAGAUGAAGGUAUCGAUGAAUACAGUUUCCCGCUGCUUGAUGAAGAAACGAUCCGAUUGUUGAUUCCAAAAGCAGGGCCUCGAUUAAAAUUUCUAAAACUUUUCAGAACAACUCAUACUGCAGAAAAUAAGCCAGAUGAAAUUGGCAGUGAAAAAUGUGACUCGAAAACAGAAGAGAAAAGUAAGGGAGCGCAAGAAGACGGAAACUUAGUCAAAAGUUCUGAAGCAGAAGAAGUUAAAAACUUAGGGAAAACUACUUCAACAGAGGAACUUAUUUUAAAGAAAAUUAGAAUAAAAGAACUGCUCGAAAGAAAAUUACCGGAAAUUUAUUUGAAGCUGGUAGCCGGAGUACCUGGUAGCAUAAACAUAACUGCCAAGUACAAAAUAAAUCGAGCUGUGGUGGAUGCCUAUAUCUCAAAUUUCGAUAGUCAACCUACAACACAAACGAAACUACUGCUGGCAAAAAAGAUCGUCGAAUGCUUUCCUGUCUUGAAAGGGUUAGAUGGGGAAGGGCAUGAACAAUGGUUUACUGCUGGUUCUGAUGGCUCGCCUGCAAGAGGCUUCAUAGCCGAGCGGUUCAGAAAUUUCAGGCUGAGAAAUUUAUCGACUACAGAAAGGAGAGAAUUAGGAAUACCUAAAAAAAAGAGAGAGACUCCAGAUGUACGUAAAAGAUUUUCGGAAGACAGCUCGUUGACAUUCCUACAAAGGCAACAAUGGCUCAAAGAAAAUUCUGAGCCAAAAGAGGAGGUGAUAUUGCUUAUGGGCCAGACUUUUGAAGGACAACGUUUCCAAAUAUUAGAGAAUGCAGGAAAUGUGUUUGAAUCGUGGCCUAGACUUUUGAACCAACAUAUUAAAUAG